AAGAGAAGAAAAAAAGAAAAGAAAAAAGAGGAGAGUGUCUGAUUUUAUUUGUUUGUCGAAAUCUGGGAAUCAUCUGAUACUCUUCUUCUUCUCCAUCAUCGAUUUGCUACAAUCUAUCGGCGUCGAGCUCUAUUGGAAUCGGAAUCUGUAAUUUCCCGAUCCGGCUAAUUCCUCAUCGUCGGAUCAUCAUCCAUUAGAUUAUUAUUAUUAUCCAACGAGAGUGUGUGUGAAUCGGAGAGCGAGCGAGAGAGAGAAAGAGGGAAUGAACGGUGGUGAUGAGGUCGUCGCAGCUUCGGCAGACCCACCUCUGCCUUUGGAAUGGAGAUUCUCUCAGGUCUUCGGUGAACGAAGCGCUGGUGAAGAAGUUCAAGAAGCUGGUGUUUCCUCUGCAGUUGAUAUAAUUUCAGCGAUCGAAUUUGAUAAUUCUGGAAACCAUCUUGCUACUGGGGAUCGUGGAGGACGUGUUGUUCUUUUCGAGAGAACCGAUACCAAUAAUAGCAGUGGAACCAGGAGAGAGCUUGAAGAAGAUGAUUAUCCACUGAGGCAUCCAGAGUUUCGUUAUAAAACAGAGUUUCAGAGUCAUGACCCUGAGUUUGAUUACCUCAAGAGUUUGGAGAUAGAGGAGAAAAUUAACAAAAUUAGAUGGUGUCAAACAGCAAAUGGAGCUCUUUUUCUCCUAUCGACAAAUGAUAAAACCAUCAAGUUUUGGAAGGUUCAAGACAAGAAGAUCAAGAAAAUUUGUGAUAUGAAUUCAGAUCCUUCAAGAACUAUAGGAAAUGGAACCGUUGCAAGCUCGAGCAAUUCAAACAUUACAAGCUCAUGCCUUGUGAAUGGAGGAGUAUCUGAAGUGAACAACUCCUCAUGUACUGACUUCUCUUUGCCACCAGGAGGCAUCUCUUCGCUGCGAUUACCAGUGGUAGUAACUAGCCAUGAGUCAAGCCCUAUGGCUAGAUGUCGAAGAGUAUAUGCUCAUGCUCAUGAUUAUCAUAUUAAUUCAAUCUCAAAUAACAGUGACGGCGAAACAUUUAUUUCUGCUGAUGAUUUGCGAAUAAAUCUUUGGAAUCUGGAAAUUAGCAAUCAAAGUUUCAAUAUUGUUGAUGUCAAGCCUGCGAAAAUGGAAGAUCUAUCUGAGGUUAUCACAUCAGCAGAAUUUCAUCCUACCCAUUGCAAUAUGUUAGCCUAUAGCAGUUCAAAAGGUUCAAUUCGCCUGAUUGAUCUGCGGCAAUCAGCUUUAUGUGAUUCACAUUCAAAAUUGUUUGAGGAACCAGAGCAAGCAGGUCCUAAAUCGUUCUUCACUGAGAUAAUUGCUUCAGUCUCAGACAUCAAAUUUGCAAAAGAAGGAAGAUAUCUACUCAGCCGUGACUACAUGACACUUAAGUUAUGGGACAUCAACAUGGACGCAGGUCCAGUAGCAACUUUCCAGGUUCAUGAAUAUUUGAAACCAAAGCUCUGUGAUUUAUAUGAAAAUGAUUCCAUCUUUGACAAGUUCGAGUGUUGUAUAAGUGGCAAUGGUUUGCGAGCAGCUACGGGUUCUUACAGCAAUCUGUUCCGUGUGUUUGGUGUUGCCCCGGGAAGUACUGAGACUGCAACCUUAGAAGCAAGCAGAAACCCAAUGAGGAGACAUGUCCCAAUUCCGUCGAGGCCAUCCAGAACACUAAGCAGUAUAACGCGUGUUGUAAGUAGAGGAUCAGAGAGUCCUGGAGUGGAUGGAAAUACUAAUGCUCUUGAUUACACAACAAAGCUGCUGCAUCUUGCUUGGCAUCCAAAUGAGAACUCAAUUGCUUGCGCCGCUGCAAAUAGCUUGUACAUGUACUAUGCUUAACUCAAUACUCAGCCAAAAAAAAGAAGCAGAAAAGGCGCAUCUCCUUGCUCUAGACUCUGUUUUUCUUUGGUUCCCUAUGGGUUGAUUGAUGGGGAUUGCUAUAUACAUCAUUACCAUCAUCAUUGUCACUCACACAUGACCUGUAAUCAGCAAAGGCAAGCAGUGAAGAACCAAAUCAUUUUCUCUUUUCUUUUCUUUUUUUUCGUAAGUGUAGAAUUUUUCACUUGGAAACUACUUUACAGGCCAAGCAAAAAAAGAACAAAGAAAAUCCGAUUGGAAGAAAUCGUGAUUUUAGUAAGCUAAUCAUCUCAUAUGACUUAUGGAUGGAUAUAGAUUAGAUAUUUUAUAAUCUUUCCUGGUCUUUUGUGUAAUCAUUGUUUUAUUGAUUCUUUUGUUAAACUUGUUUCUUACUUUCUUUACUUCUUAAAAUAAUACAUUUCAUUUACAUA